AUGGGUCACUAUGCUAGAGUACUGGUUGAAAUCGAUACUACUGAAACUGCAUCUCGCAUAGAGGAGGUUCAAGUUGAACGUCUCGAACCCGAUACAACGAGAGUUUUUGGAUUCAGACAACGAGUCCAGUAUGAAGAUGACAUUAGUCGAUGUGGCUUCUGUAAGAGGUUGGGACAUAAGGUGGGAGAAUGUAGAUCUAAGAGGCUUGAAGAUGAAAAACAAGCUGCUAUGGACAGGUCGGCCUCUGUACCAGGUGCAGUCUACGUUGAAGAUAGAGUGGACUCGGUCCGAGUUGCGUCUCACUCGGGUAGAACGCCCAUUGUGGAAACCGUUCCUCAUGAUCCUCUUUCCAUAAUAGCAGCUUCACCUGCCAAUCAUGCAGCUGGGAAGGAGGGCCACGAUUUGAAUGCAAUCAAUGAAAAAACGUCCAUUGAGGAACAAUCUCCUUCUAUUUGUGUUUCAGCCAAUCAGAAUGCUGAGAAGGAGGGAGAUAUUCUGAUUGUCUUGGACACUUUGGCAACCAAUCCUGCUUUUUUAGGUAACUCCAACUCACUAAAUCGUGGAGAUAUCUCUGUCCGCCCCUCUAAUUCAAAUUUGAAUAUCAAUGUGGCUGGAUCCGGGUCGGACUCUGAGGCAGUGGAUAGUGCAGACCCGUCGGGUCAUGAGAGUUCAUCUGAUUCUACAGAGAACUCGGUGGAAAAUGAGAGGGAGGAGGACGCCCCUGCUGUUAGGGAACUUCCACCAAGGCCAACAAGAACGGGUAGCACUUCCAAAGGUCGUGGAACAUUGUCUUUGCUGAGGGGAGUUAGAAACGUUCCUUCAACUCGUUCCUCGCCAGAGAAUGGGGUCUUGCCGCAUGGUAGCUUCCUCAGCUCUUCCAGAAGGGAUGGUAGAACGGCUUCAAAUUAUCAGGAGAUGGAGAAGAUAGAUAAUGCCCUUUAUGCUCGAGAAAAGGGAAUGGUUGUUUCUUCAAAAGAAGUCCUCUUUUGGAAUAUCAGAGGCGUGAAGAAGGCUGCUGGUUUAAGAGCCUUAUCAUAUUUUAUUCGAGAUCAUUCUCCUGACGUUGUUUGCGUAGCAGAGCCAAUGAUUAGUGAAAGCAAAUUCCCUUUUUUGUUCUUUAAAAAAUUGGGGUUUGAGUCUGAUUUCAUUCACAAUUUCCGCAUGGACAAGGUCCCUAAUAUAUGGGUAAUAUGGAAACAAGGAAUUCCUCGCCCCUCGAUCAUUGCGGUGUCUGAUCAGCAAUUAUCAAUUACUGUGGAUUGGUUAGGGAACUGUGUAGGCCUAACUUUUGUUCACGCUAAUUGUUUUAUGGUCAAACGGAGAGAGCUUUGGUCGGAGCUAGGUUUGGUGGUGAAUCCAAAUCUACCCUGGUCGGUGAUAGGUGAUUUCAAUGCUACCCUUCUUUCCAAUGAGAAAAGGGGUCCAGGGAGAUUUAAUGCAAAAUCAGCAGCUGAUUUCCAAUCUAUGGUGGAUACUUGUCUUUUGAUACAAGUACCCUCGCAAGGUAAGAUGUUUACCUGGACUAACAAUCGCCGGCGAGGUAAUGUAGCUACGGUCCUCGACCGAAGUUUCUGCAACAGUAAAUGGUUGGAUAUGUUUAAAAGUACUCUUCAAAGGGUCCUGUUAAGGUCAUCCUCUGAUCAUGCUCCCAUUUUAGUUGUGUCAGAUUCGAUCGCCCGACCAGGUAACAUUCCUUUUAGAUUUAAUAAUUUUUGGAUGGAGCAUGAUCUUUUUGAUAAUGUAAUUCAAGAUGUGUGGAACCAGGAAAUAUCUGGAAAUCCAAUUUUUAUUCUUUCUCAGAAACUGAAGUGUGUUAAGCUGUUUAUCAAGCCUUGGGGAAGAAAAAAUUUUCCCAAUAUUGAUAAUGAAGUCAAAAAAGCUUCUGAUCACCUAAAUUCUGUUCAUCAAGAAAUUGAGGCUGCAGGGAUAUCAGAUGACCUUUUUGGUCGCGAGGCUGAUGCCAAAACAGCGCUGUUGAAAGCUACCCAGCUGCAGGAUAAUCUAUGGGCUCAAAAAGCUAAGCUGAGGUGGAUGAAAGAUGGGGACAAAAAUUCAAAGUUCUUUCAUCUAUCAGUGAAAAUGCGACGGGCUCGAAAUCAAAUCCGUACUUUGCAGAAUGCUGAUGGGGAGUGGAUGAAUGACCAGCAAUAA